ACAAAGCAGUUCGGUUACGGAUAUGAAAUAAAUACUUCAUUUUCGACAGUUCUAGUGCUGUGCUGAAACAUAAUCGAGAUGAAGGAAAGCUUUAAUGAAUUUGCAAAUGAUGUGUUCGACGCAUUGGUAGCUGGCAAAAAUGCUAGCGGGAAUCUAGACUCUUCCUCGAAUGUUAUAAUCUCACCCCUUUCGAUACAAUCAUCCCUGCUUUAUGCGUUAAUGGGCGCUGAUGGAGAGACAGCCGCUGAAUUGCGUAAUGGACUAAAGCUAGAAUCUGACGAUCGACAGCAAAUCGCCAAGGAAUUUCAAGAGUUUUGGAAGAAGAAUUGUAUCUAUGGUGACAAAUUGACGUUGCGAUCUGUGAAUCGUCUUUUUGUAAAUCAAACGCAAACAUUGAAGACUGACUUCAAAAAACUCGCUGAGGAUUAUUUUUUAUCAGAGCCUGAAACACUGAAGUUUGCCGAUGCAGUGCAAGCCACGAAGAGAAUUAACGACUUGGUCAUGACCGACACUGAGAACAAGAUUAACCAUCUUCUGUCUCCAGAAUGUGUGAAUGGCGACACAAGUGCUGUGUUAGUGAAUGCUCUAUACUUUAAGGGUAAAUUCGAGAAGCCAUUUACUCCGGAAUCAACAAUGAGCGAUGACUUCUAUGUGGACAAGGACAAUCGAAUUGAGGUGGACAUGAUGUAUCAAGAGGAUAAAUUCAAAUAUGCGGAUUUGCCUGAUCUGGAUGCCAGAGCUUGUCAACUGCCCUACGAGGGCUCUAACAUAUCUUUGCUGAUCCUAUUGCCCAAACGCACAACUGGUCUACUCGAUUUGCAACAUAAAUUGAAGAGCAUCAAUUUGUCUGAUAUUGAACGUCGAAUGGUGAUAGAAGAUGUGGAGAUUGCCAUGCCCAAGUUUAGUCUAGAGUUUGACUUGGAACUCAAGGAAACUCUAAAUGAGCUUGGCAUCUCGAGUCUCUUUGAAGAUUCAGCUGAUCUGAGCCGCCUUUUCACAACGUCAAGCGGACAGAAGAUUUCAGCUGCCAAGCAUCGUGGCUACAUUUCUGUCAACGAGGCGGGUUCUGAGGCUGCCGCAGCAACAUAUAUGAAAAUUGUACCCAUGAUGUUGAAUAUGCAGAAGAAAACCUUCAAGGUCGAUCAUCCCUUCCUUUUCUUUAUUCGCAACUCCAAUGUCGUCUUUUUUUGCCGGUCGCUUUAUGGAGCCUCGAAGAAAAACGAAUCCAAUUGAAUACGCACAAAAGCGAUCUCUUACUGAUUCUAUGAUACCAGAAACAAGUCUUAAUUCUCCUCGAAACUCAUCAUAAACUAGAUUAAUAUUCAUAUAUUAUAUUAUAAUAAUAUAAUAAUAAUUAUAACAUUUGUCAUUAAUGUUGGAUCAUUAAAUAACAUAUCUUGGGGGCGUUGCCCUGAUAUCUACAUCAAAG